UUGAAUCCACUUCUUUGGAACUAAUGCGUGUUUAUUGGAAGUCGUAUUAAAUAUAUACAAAACGCCACAUUCGCUGCUGGCAGUUCCAACCCUGCGCAACUCUGGCUUAUGCGCUGCAUCGAGAAAUGAAAUUGUUUUUCUAUUUUGGGCUAAUAACUGUUGGUUUCGCUGUCGUCACGAUGGAGGCCCAAGGAACGGUUAUGCCAUCACUAGCAAUCGAGUCACUAUCCGCAGUUACACACGAGAUGGACGAAACAGUGAAAUCAGGAGAAUUGCCAAUUUUUAAAGUCUGUGGUGAAACAGAAACAAAGGCCUCCAGUGGAGUCAUUCAGCCGUUAACUAAUUCAACAAAAGAAAAAGACUGUGAUUUUAACAUCGUCUCAUCAUCGGAUCAGCUGAUUCAGUUUUCAUGUUCGGUCCUCAACUUCGUUAAUAGCACCGAGAACUUACAAAUUUUUGGUGUCUCCGGUUAUGAACACGGUCUCAAUCCUGCAGCAGACAAAGUUUAUACUUCCCGGGGCAAUGCGAUUCGGUUUCAUUCUCAACGCUGCGCUUCACCCUGUUGGUUCGAUUGCAAGUGGACUUCAGUACCGAAAACACAACAGAACGUGAUGGCAUUCAAAUCUCCUUAUGAAUGCGGCCGAUCAAAAUUCAUGUCGCAAUCGACGAUCAUGGAGGAGACCGAGGCGACACCUAACGAGUUCCCGUGGAUGGUGCAUUUUCUCCUUGUUAAUUACACAAGCGGGAAAUACUUCACGUGCGGAGGAACACUUGUCAGCGACAUACAUAUCCUGACCUCGUCCUACUGCUUUUUUGACGUGACAUCAAGUUUUGCUACUAUUGUGAACAUCACUUUAGGCGCUCAUAAUCUCAGCGCCAACAGCAGUGAUCGCUUCCGCCAAAUCGCUCAGUGGAGUUCAAUCGCUUCCAACUUUCAAUUUAAUAGCUCAUCAGUAUUGGACAGCUAUUUUGCUAUUGUGACCCUAAUGGAACCGGUUACCAUAAACGAUUAUGUUCAACCGGCAUGUUUGCCACUCGACGACGAUCCUGAUCACGUGAACGAGCCCGUGGUCCUUACCGGAUGGGGAGACUACAAUGCUUCCGGUUCGUAUUCCGUUUUGCGCAAAACGACUACGACUGUCAUAUCCUCGUCCGGCACCAAUGGAACGUGCCAACAACAAGCAGGAUUGGGUCCUUUCUCGGGUUUCAACUUUAUCUGCACCAACGGAUCUCAACGCUAUUGUUCUGGUGAAAAUGGAGGACCGAUGUACUAUUACGACAGGGAAUGUGGUAGGUGGUUCGUUAUAGGAAUAGCAGGAAUAGGCGGAAGGAUUGUCGACUCCUUAAUCAACUGUCAGAACAGCAACAAGCCCAACGUAUUUAAUCGUGUCACGAGUCAGCUUUUCUAUAUUUCUCUUUUCAUGAGAAGAGCUAUUUCUUCACAAUGCAAAUUAACGACGACGACGCCUGAGUUUACGGCAGCACCGACAGCAGCGUCAAUAACACCAAACCUCAAACGUGAUAUGAUUACUUGCACUACAAUUUAA